GUCUGUGUCUGUGUAUGUUAUGUUUAAAUUCUUUUUUUCCAGUAUACCUGUGAUGGAAACAGAGAUAAUGAUAUUAUAUGUAGCGAUUCAGCUGUAUAUCAACAUUAUUGCAUUUUCAAUGAAGAAAACGAACAUUUAGGGGGAGUACCCCUAACGCCGGACGGCACCUAGCGCCGGACAUGCCCAAUAUCUAUGCAUGUACAAACGCGAUCGUGGCGCUGCCAUGGCGGAAAGUUAGAGGGAGGUGAGCGAUAGUCGUGCACGCAGUAACACGCCUCAGCCUUGGGCGAUAAACAAGACAGAGCUGUCAAUUGUUGCGUUCAGAAGGAAAAGAGUGUAUCGCGUAAACUUGAGACGAGUAUACUACGAAGUUCCUGUGACUAAAUAUUUAUUCACGUUGUUAUAAAGUGAUUUGAGGACAGAAGAAACACCUUGGAGACAUGGAAAAUAAAAAGAAAAGAGCAUGGGAUCAGGAUAACUUAAAAAUUGCUCUUGAUAAAGUUAUAUCGAAAAAAAUGAGCCUGAGAGAAGCUUCGAAAAAAUAUGAUAUUCCUAAAAGCACUUUACACGAUAAAAUUAGAUGUCUAAAAUCCGGCGAAGAAAUAUCAUUGCAGCCUAAGAUUGGUAGGUUCACUAAAACAUUCCCACCAGAAUAUGAAGAACAAUUAGUGAACCAUGUGAAAGACUUAUCGAAUCGAUGUUUGCCACUGAUGAAAAAAGAAUUUCUAAAGUUGGCAUAUGACUUAGCAGUAGAGCUAAAGCUUCCUCAUCGUUUCAACACUGAAAAAGGAACAGCUGGUAAACAUUUUUACUAUGACUUUAUGGCUAGACAUUCCGAUUUAUCACUAAGAACACCUGAGUCUACGAGUGUGAUGCGAGCUGUAGGUUUUAAUAAGCCACAGGUAGAUUUGUUCUUCUCAAAUCUUGAAAAACUCAUGAAUCGGUAUAAUUUUCCUCCAUCUAACAUAUUAUAUAUAAUUUCCCAAAAAAUACUAAAGUUAUCUGCGUUUCCCCAAAAUUGUUUCGCAGCUGACUUAAAAAGUGGUACUCCAUCAAUAUUAAUUUGUAAAUUAAUUAUUUCAUUGUGGAUGUGUAAUUCUGUAUUAAUGACAUUUAUCAGAUUUUGUUUUAUUCCAAAAUAA